UUAUUUUUGCUCUAGAGAGCAUCUGGAGAAGUGGAUAAAAAACAAAAGAUGAAAUGACCACUUGGUUGUAUGAGUGUUUGAGAACCUUUGGACUUGAACAUCACUAUGCUAGGUUCAUUUUGUUGGGUGUUUGUCAUACAGACCACCUAUUGACAUUGAAAAUUGAGGAUUAUCCUCUUCUAGGAAUUUGCUCAAUGGAAGAUAGGAUCCAACUUUUCAAAUUGGUCCAGUUCAUCAAAAAUUCUAGGCAAAAAAGUCUUCUCAACAACUAUGAAUGCGAUACUCGAGAUGACGACUUUACACCAAUUAAUGGGAAACUCAGUCAAAAUUCACGUGGAGCUCCUGAUGACAAAGUGAGACGUAAAUGUAGAUAUUCUGUGGAAAGCCCUGAUGUAUCAACUUUAAAUGUUCGCAGACGACUCAUCUUUACAGAUCAAAACCCAGACAAUAAGAGACUAUUAUCUGGUCCUGCUGUUUGUGUCAAUCAAAGUCAUGACAUAAGAGAUUGUUCAAGGAGAUCAAACAAAUCUCUGCAGCUUGAGGUUGAUGUCCGCAGGACAAACUACAAACUGAAUGAUCAUAGUUCUCUCAAUGAUUCUUGGAAUAAGGAGGGCAUAAAGCCGGAAAUAACAGGGGGAAUUUGGAAGUUUAACUGUGUUACCAUACCAACUGAGAACAGUGAGAUAUUACACACACCUGCAUAUGUGACACCACAGACGAAUGAGAAAACAUUUAAAAAUAAACGUAAAAAAGUAUUCACAAAAAAGAACAAUUUUUACUCAGAUGUGACUAAAUCAACACCUGUUCAUGGAGCAAAGAGCUACAGCGACAUUCAGCCGUGGAGUUCUCCCUGUGCUUCAAACAAAACACAAAAAGUGGGACAACAAAUAACUGUUUGUGUGAGAAAAAGACCUUUGUCAUAUGCGGAGCGCAAAGCAGGACAGGUCGAUGUGGUGACAGCAACAGAAGGACAAUGUGUGAUUGUCCAUGAAAGCAAGGAAACUGUGGAUCUUACACCCUACAUAUCACAGCACAAGUUUUAUUUUGACCAUGUUUUUGGGGAGGAAAGCUCCAACGAGGAAGUGUAUCAGAGAAUAGCGUAUCCUCUCGUGCAGCACAUGUUUAGGGGAGGAAAUGCCACAUGCUUUGCAUAUGGGCAGACAGGGUCAGGGAAGACCCACACCAUGCUGGGGUCAUCUCCUGGAACACCCGGCCUAUACACUCUAGCAGUUCAGGACAUCUUUGCUCACCUAACUACUGCACAUUCAUACCCACCUCUGCUGGUGUAUGUUAGUUUCUUUGAAAUCUAUAGUGGUCAGCUGUAUGACCUGCUGGAUCACAGAAAAAGGUUGUUUGCCAGAGAAGAUGGACAGAAAGUCGUCCAAAUUUCAGGGCUGCGAGAAAUCAGAGUGGAUUCUGUCAGCUCCCUGCUAGAGGUGGUUUCAAAGGGAACAUCACAACGGACACAAGGAGUGAGUGGUGUGAACCCCCUGUCUUCUCGUUCCCAUGCUUUACUUCAAAUUCAACUUAAAGAGCCAAACCGACAAACUGCUGGAAGGGACAAGUUGAAUUUGGAGAAUUCUGAAAUUUCCAUACUCAGGUGUGACGGCUGGUGGUACUAUAACACUUUCAUAAUGUGGUUUGUGGACCUGGCAGGAAGUGAAAGAGCAUCAGAUGCCAAAGAACGAGACAAGCGGAGACGAAUGGAGGGAGCAGAGAUCAACCAGAGUCUGUUGGCUCUCAAAGAAUGUAUUCGUUCUCUUGAUAAAAAGGCUUCCCACACACCUUUUCGACAGAGCAGAUUAACUCAGGUUCUGAAAGACUCAUUUGUUGGUGACUCAAUGACAUGUAUGAUUGCCAACAUUUCACCUGGACACUCAGCAGCUGAGCACACACUCAACACGCUUAGAUAUGCGGAUCGGGUAAAGGAGUUAAAAAGAAAAGGAGAUGUGAUGGAAAAGAGAGGAAGGAAAACAAAAUCAUCCCAUAAACAGAACCUUGUCCACAGCAACUGCAGCACUGCGUCCAGCCCUGUAAAGGCAGAGUUGGCGAAACAAAGUCCACCAGUUUGUUCCUAUCCAUCUACAAGUAGAUUACACCCAGGGGGUGCACCUCUCCACUCAACACCAAAGAACAAUAGAUGUGAAGAGAAAGGACAGGCAAAGGAAGAGCAAAGGUUUGGAUUUCAUCAUGUCAGAGGACGGUUGGGACUCGAAAUGAAGCAUCAGUAUAAAAGUGCAGAUGAAGAAGAAGGAACCGGAAUAAAAGAUAAAAGUGCUGACAGCUGUUUGGUUAGGGACAAUACCAAUGGAUCAGUUAUGGUGUUAAGACGACAAACAGAAGAGAACCAACAUGUGGGGGAAGCAAGUUGUACAGCUUGCUCUAAAGAUGAACUUGGAUUCCACAACAGAGACAAAAAAGAGAGCCACCCGUGGACUACACAAGGUAGAGAAGAAGAGGAAAUACAAUGGAUGUCUCCAAGAAUACAAUGGGAAAGGAGUCCACAGAUUGUGUCUGUGCUACAAACUCCAAACGAAAGAGACCUGCAGAGGCCUGAUGAUGAGAAAAAGAUGCACUUAAGACAGUAUCAUCAGCAGCUGCAACAGUUUGUGCCCUCAUCUGUCCAGUUCUUAUCAUCCUCCAUGUGCCCAAACAUUACUUCUAUACCAGACUCACCAUGUUCCUCAGUUGAGACUUCCGUAAAACAUGAAAUCUGUACAAACCCCAAUAACAGGAAUGAUGUGGACAGGAGGUGGGGAGGUGAUGAACACUGGGGGGCAGCUUUGGAAAGAAUAAAUACAAAACAAUACCUGUUUGAAAAGGAAAAAGGAAGUAUGACUGGUUUAACACAAGAAGCAAGAAUAAGGAAGGAGGACAGUAAGCCAACUGGAAUGAAAGAGGAAGAUCAGAUGUGGGUUUUGGAGGCAGUUACCAAUAGGGAGCUUCCGAAGGAAUGUGCAAAUCCAACAAGUGAGGAGCCACAACGGUCUUACCACUACGACUCAGAUGAAAGAAGAAAAGUUGGUGUGGAAAGACUGCACGUCUUGUGUGUUCCACAUAAUGCAGUGUGGAGCAACAGGCAGAGGGGAGCAGUUACCUGCUUAGAGGAUAACAGCAAGCAAACUCAGGCAGAAAAACCAUUCUCCCCAUCAAGUGAUCACACUGACACAACAAAGCUUUUAGAAUUGCAAGAUAAUGCAGAGAUGGCUCCAUUAGGUCACGACAGGGAGAAUAAACUAUGCUUUGACUCUUUCCAAAGUCGAAAACAAUGUUUGGAUAGUCAAUCAACUUCUAAAGAGGAACAGAAUGACAAUAAGACACAAAUAAAUAAAACAAAAAUAUCAGAAAACCUGUUUUUUAGGCAGAACCCACACUGUCAAAAUAAAGAUAAUAGAAAGAAAACUGUGGGAAAAGGUUUUUCACAUGCAGACGUAGAAGAGAUUUUAGGAUAUAAAGACAAAAAAUCUUGUUGGUCUCUUUUUGACCUGCCUCAAACACAAACUUUCCAUCCUACAACCUGUGAGACAGUUGCAUCUGCAGAUCAGACCGAACAACAAAACAACACUCAGAGAAAACCCUGUGGAAUCGGUUUGAACAAACCUCAACUUCCUGGGUUUAGACUGACUUCCUUUCAGCACAAAGAAUAUGGUGGGAAAAAACAAAUUGAAACAUCAACCCCUUGUCUCCAAAUACCUGUCAAGUCACCAACAAUCCAUGUAUUUCCUUUGGAGAAAUUAGACCGGGCCAAGUGGUGUGUGGCUGAAGCCCACAUGGAGCUGCUGAAAGGGAUGGGGACGUUGGGGCUUAAAGAGGAGCAACUUCUGUCCCAGCAAAGUGAUAUGGCUUUUGGGGAAUUUGUCAACAAAUUGGAGGAAAUCAUGGAGAGGAAGAUUUUUCUAUUUUGUACAUACAUCCUUUUGUAUAUACUGUAUAUGAUGACUUCGGUGGUCAGCAACCACACCCGGGGGACGCGGGAUAAGACGCUGCCCGUUGCCACACAAACAACACAACCACAGAAACAGAUACAGGCCACAGCGGAACAGAUUCGUCUAGCCCAAGUAAUCUACGACAAAAAUGACGCUGAUUUUGAAGAUAAAGUCAAACAGCUCAUUGAAGUUACUGGAAAGACUCAAGAUGAGUGCAUGGUAGCCCUUCAUGACUGCAAUGAAGAUGUAAACAGAGCCAUCAACUUUCUUCUGGAGAGCCCCUCUGACACAAACUCAUGGGAGACUGUGGGAAAGAAGCGUAGCCUUGGGAAAGAAGGAGGGACAUCAGAGAUAAAAGAGAGCCGGGAGAAGAGAGCAGAGAGGGAGGUCAGUCGUGGACGUGGGGGUUCCAACAGGAGGGGAAGAGGCAUCAGCCGAGGACGUGAAGGUCGUUCAGAGGAGAAUGGGUUUGAGGUCGCUCCUGGAGAAAGACCAUUGGACCGUGGCCGUGGAGGGAGGGGCAGAGGGGGUCGUGGCAGAGGAAGGGCUGCUGCUGGGAACAGAUUCUCUUCUCAAGGAAUGGGAACAUUCAAUCCUGCAGACUACACUGCUAACUCUGGAGCUCGCCAAGAGAAUUGGGAAGGUGAUGGCAACGAAACAGCUGAAGGAACUGGAACUUGGGGAGGCAAUCUGGAAGAUUGGACUUCAGAGGACUGGAGUGAGGAUUUGUCCGAGACCAAAGUUUUCACUGCCUCCUCUACUCCAGCCAACCACAUUACACCUGGACACAAUGCUGACCUGGCUAGCUUACUGCCUAAAACUGGCGCCCCUGCUGGAGGUUCUGUGGACUCUGACUUAGGAGUAAUAGGGGAUGGUCCUUCAGCAGAUGAUUUAGGUCAAAAUCUGGUCUUCACCAAUUCCCACCACAAUGGGCGCACUGCAACACACAGCUAUGCACACGCCACAGCCAGUAGCUACGCCCAUGCUGCCUCUGCUAGCACCACUUACGCACAUGCUGCACUGUCCUCAGUUAUAGGCUCUGGCUUUGGGUCUCUGAAUGCUACCAAGCAAACACCAACUCCUGAUGUUCGAAAACCAGAGGAACUAAAUAAGUCUCGGCUUAUUCAAAGAUCUGGUAACAUUGUGCCAACUGCAAACAACAGUCGAGUCUCUCAAGAGGCAGGGCCACCCUCAAUGCAAAAUCUUGCACCCUCAUCUUCUGCAGACAUCAAGCCUCAAAGGCUGGAAAAUGGCCCUCUUAUGUACCAAAACUUGGAAAUGAAGCUACAGCCAGAGCCUUCAGCAGUGCUCAGUCAGCUGACUCAGAGGCAGCAACCGUCCUCCCUUCUGUCCACUACAGAGUCCCUGGGCCUGUCUCAGUCACAAACACCACAGGCACCCACACCCCCUGGUCAAGAAUCCUCCAAUCUUCUCGCAAGAGACGGCGGUUCUCCAGGAGGAAAGCUUUCAGGUCUGGAGCCUUCUCUGUCUGAGCCCCCUCAGCGGCAGUUAAAGGCACAAAGACGAAGAGCGCCUCCUCCCUCUAAGAUUCCGUCAUCAGCUGUGGAGAUGCCAGGGUCAGCUGAUGUACCCGGCCUGAAUGUUCAGUUUGGAGCUCUUGACUUUGGUUCGGAGGCGGGAAGUGAGGCGACGGACAUAAAACAGAAGGAGUCACCCAGAGAACACGCUUCUGCUAUGGCUCCAACCCCCAUUUCACUUUCCACUGGAGUUCAGAGUCAACAGUCACAGAGCAGCAUAUUCUCCAAGUCAGGAGCAGUCAGUGAACACAUGAGCAGCUUACCAUCUGCUGUCUCGGAGCCCAGCUUCCCCUCUUCAUCUCUUGGCUUACCCACCGCUAGUCCCUCCCCGUCCCUUGGUCUUCCCAGCGCGGCGGUGCCGUCGUCCUCCACAGGCAGUCGCGUGGACAACAGCGCCCAAAGAUCCCUGCCACCCCACCUCAGCUAUCCCCAGAGCAAAGAUGUCCCUUCAGCUGCCAGUGCAUCUCUCACAAUGAAUGGCUUUGCUGGCAUAAAGACACAAAGCGCACAAGAAACAACUGCUUCAGUAAAAACUGAGUCUGCUGUUAUGACGAGUGAGAGUAGCUCUGGCCACCACGUCCCCUCCCCAGCAGUCACACCUUCACACUCUGCACCCAUCUCUUCAUUAAGCAGUCUUGGGAGCGGUACACACUCAACUGGACCAGCCCUUGUUGCAAAUUCUUCACUCACACAGAGUGAAGGCAGUACCAAUCUCCAUGCCUUUUCCUCAUCCUCCAGUCAAGUCAUCAAUCCAAAUGCGUCCGCUCCCCCGGUUGUCAGUAGCUCAUCUACCAAUGGCCUACACCAGUCUGGAGCACCAGGACUCUCUUCAAAUGGCACCAACUCCACCCUCCCAGCUGCAGGCAGCCGCACAGCCCCACUGCUUACCACCACUUCUGGUAAAGCUCCCCCCAACCUUGCCCAAGGUGUCCCACCUCUUCUGGCCAACCAGUACAUCAUGGGCCCUGGUGGAUUACUCCCAGCUUAUCCUCAGAUUUAUGGAUAUGAAGACUUGCAGAUGCUGCAGUCUCGCCUUCCGUUGCAGGACUACUAUGGGGUGACAUUCCCUGGCGCCGCUGCUCCAAUGCCAGGGAGAGAUGGUUUGGCAAAUAACCCAUAUUCUGGUGAGGCAACAAAGUUCGGCCGAAAUGAUUCUUCAUCCCCGGCCCCCCCAACCAGCUUGUCUACAGUGGGGGUGCAGUCACAGCCCCAGCAAACUCAGCAGACAGGCACACAAGGGCAACCUCAAACCCAGGGUCAGCAGACACAAAACCAGGCCUUCCUCAACCCGCCUCUCCCCCCUGGAUAUGGAUACCCAAGUCUCCCAUACUACGCUGGCAUGCCAGGAGUUCCCUCGGCCUUUCAGUACACUCCCGCAGUUUUUGUGCCUCCCAGUUCGGCCAAGCAGCCAACAAUGGGCUUGGCUAAUCCCACCAGUCAGUACCACCAACAGCAUCAGCCCAGCUAUGGACAGCAUGCAUACAGCACAGCCUUUGAUGACCUGUCUCAAGCCCAUGGUGGUGAAUUCAAUAAGGCAGGGUAUGGAAGUUCUGCCCAGUCACAGCCCAAGUCAGCGGGCAGCGGCCAAGGGAAAGAUGAUUCUGCAGCCAAGAGUCUUCUGGAGAUGGCACCAGGAUUGACGGGAUCAGGUACCAGUAGUGGAGUACCGGACAUGGGAGGUUCCAUCUACAGCAAAACACAGCCAUUUGACAAGCAGGGCUUCCACACAGGGACUCCACCCCCUUUCAACCUGCCUUCAGCAAUGGGAGGAACAGGGCCCAUGAAUCCUGGGGGGGCACCUGGCUAUCCUGGUCCCUUCUUGCACAUUUUGCCUCCACACCAACAACCCCACUCCCAGCUGCUGCACCAUCAUCUGACACAGGACGGACAGGGUGGUCCUGGUCAGCGCAGUCAGUCCAGUGGAAUGCAGCAGAAAACCCAAGGCAGCAAGUCCAGCUAUGGCAGCUCCCCCUACUGGGCAAACUGAGGAAUGCUUCCUAUUUGGCUCCCAAAAGGCUUCAGGCGUACCUGUGCGUGUGAAGCUGAAACAAAAACAGAUGCAUUAUCCUACAAUGGGCAACCUUGCUCCCCCCCACCACCCUAAGUCCUCAUAAGUCUUUUGGGUCCCCCUCCCUCUUCUUUUUUAAAUUGGUUGUACAUGUAAGAUAUUUAUGUAUGUAUUUAUAUAUAUAUAUAAAUAUAUAUGCUAUAUAUGUAAUAGUAGAAAAUGAAACGUGGUUGCUACAUUUUAUUUUUGAAGGAACUUUUGUUUACUUUUUCAAAACUGCAGGAAAUGAUGCUACAUUAAGACAUAAUGAGAUGACAGGAAUUAAAGUGAAUCCACAAUCAGAUUUAUCUGGAGAAAAAGGCCCCGAAAAAGGAAAAGCAGAGCUGUUAAAUGUCUAUGAGGACACUUCAGAUGGGGGUGGGGUUUAUAGCUACUUAUGCAUCUGUCUCCUUUGUUUUCCUUUUUAUACCUGACUUCUUGAAUGGCCGAGCUCUUCCCCACGAACUUUAUUUCAUAGCUUCCGUUACCAUCUCCCUGUACCUUUUUCUGGAAGCUGCCUACUAUCCUUGUGUUCCCUUUUAAAACAGACCUGCCCAUUUAAAUUUUAUAUUUUAAUUUAAUUUUAACCCACAUUUCUCUCAUAAUAAAGUUCUGAGCAGUUGGA